UCGUUCGCCCAUCUCGGAAUAGCAUUUUCUUGUUAUUAUAUUGUUAACCUAGCAAAGACUUCCGAAAUUUUGGAAAAAGUUACCGCGGGAAAUAGCCCGGACAACUAUUACUGUCAAAUAUAAAACUGCGAAAUUCGGUUUCACGUAUACAGCUGCUGGAACGACUGUUGCGUCCUUCUCAAGAUACAGCGCUAAGGCGUCAUCCUUGAUGAACAAAGCAUAUGCAAAGAAAUAGCGACAAACAUGUCGAGUGCUUCUUGACGCAGACACCCCAUCCUUUUACUAUUGCAACCUGAAAGGACUCUUUAAAAUGCCGGGAUGUGCUGCGAUCGGUUGCAACAACCGCAGCGAAAAAGGCUACAGCAUGAAAUGUUUCCCUCGUGAUCCAAAGCUAAGACAAGAAUGGAAAGAAAGAGUGGGUCGGGCCAACUGGGAGCCCUCGAAGAACUCCUUUUUGUGUCACGUUCACUUUGAGCCGGAACAAUGGCAGCAGGGGGCAAAUGGGAGGCUCAGGUUACGGAAGGAUGCAAUACCGUCGAUAUUCACAGAAACCUCAACCAGGAAGUCACCGAAAAAAAGACGACUUGAAAACGAAGAAGGAGAUAAUACCCUGAAAAAUACCACUACCAGACCUUCGGAUGAUUCUGACAAUGAUGAUUAUAUGAUGGAAUACCUUGAUGAUUGCGAGUAUGAAAUAGCCUAUACGGAGGAACAAAACAUAGAAAAGCAUAUUGCACGCAUCAAAGCUAACAGACUACAGAUGAAGAAGGCCUAUCUCAUACGAGCUGGUCAGCAAGGUUUGAAAGGAGUUACCAACCACAAGUCCAAACAUGGGAUUCACCUGAUCUCGGAGAAGGAACUAAAGGGAUUGGAGAAAGAAAACGUUAUUAUUGUAUCCGACGACAAAAAUCGCGAAAUCGGCAAACUCAUUCAUGACAAUGAAAAUAUUAUAAUCAUUGCAAGGAAAGAUAGCGAAGACAUUGGUCAGUUUACUGUCGAUGAAAAUGCACUUGGCCAACAAACUUGCUCGUUUGGAAAAAAGCAGAUAGCGAAAAUUAAAGCAAUACAAAAUAAAGAUAAUUACGACGAAAUUGAAGAGAAAUUAAACCAGAUAUGUAACGGAAAAGUCGUUGGUGAUGGUCAAAAGAUUAGAGAAAAAGAUCCACUUUUUCGUGAUACUAAAUUAGUUCAAACUGACAAGACCAAUGAAAAAAAUUCGGCGCAAAUAUCUGACAAAAAUACUCAUCCGGAUAAAGAGAUUCCUACGAACGUCGGAAUUAUUUUUGGAACUGAAAGCGGCGACGAAAUUCGACACAAGCAUGACGGUAAUUUACCAAAAAAGACCCAAGGGCUCCAAGCACCUGUGACAAAAAAAACAAUGACAAAAGUUAUAGCUGAAAGAAGAGAUUCCCCUGAACAAAGCAAAGCCCCUCUUUCAAACAAAACAGACUCGCACAAGCCAUUGCACACAGAAAAAAUUAGCGUUGUGCCAAAUAUGAAAGCUGCUAUGAAUAGAAAACGGAAAUUUAGAGAAGAAGUUAUGAAGUCUGUUGAGAGAACCAUCGCAAAUACAUUUGAAACUACAUUGCAAAAUUUACAGAAGAAUAGUCAGCAAUCACCAUCAAUAGUUGGAAUCGCUCGGGUUGGAAGACCGAUCGAAAGAGAAAUCAGUGAAGUUAGUUACACAUAUGAAAAUCCUCGGCAGAUAGUAGACGAUAAAUCUGGAGUUGACAACUGUGAUCCCUCUACAAAAAAGUCCAAAUUUACUAUCAAGGUAACCGGAGUUGCAGAUGAUGUCAAUGAAAUUAUUGAAGGCUUGGAAAACACUUCGAAUCAUACGCUGGUGCAAAGAAAUAGUGACACUGAUUCUAGUUGGUUGUUGAGUUGCGAAAAUACAGAGAAGAACAAUGUUGGCGGGUCUAAAAAUAGCCAUGAACGAAGCACGGGAAACUCGAGAUCAGACGAUAAUCAUACGAGUGAAUUCGACGGUAAAGAUAUUGAAGAGGAAUAUAUCGUUCCCGACAACUUACCACCAAAAUAUUCUAAAGGCAACCAAAAAAAAGUUACGUCGGAUAUAAAAACAUUAUUCAAGCAUAAUAAAGAAUUCAUUCAUAUGGAAGAGUUUGAUACAAACUUGGAAAAGAAAGAUACAAAAAUAGAGCAUCCGACUUCGGAAGAUGAUAACGAACAAUCGACACGAUUAAAAUAUUUUAGCAAAUCUUGGAAUCAAUCUAGAAAAUCAAAGCAAAAAAUAAACACUCAGCAGGAGGUGAUAGAAAAGCUAACGAAUCAAUUGAUAACAUACCAAGGCCUGGAAUCUAAAUUGGUGAAUUUAAAUUUGGAGCUACAAGUGAAAAACAAGGAAAUUCAGAUGUUGAGGGGAAAGUUGCAAAAAAAAUUGCAUAAUCCAAUGCAGGAUGGAGCUGACUCCAAAAAAGAUGUAGAAAUUAAACAAAAGGCAAUCAUAAAUUUAACCCACAAAGUUAACCAAUUGGAGGAAACGAACAAACAAUUAAUGCAUAAACUGAGAACAGAGUCCCUUGAUAAAAAAAUGAUUUAUCAAUCUAAGCAAAAAGAUGAUCGGAUAAAGGAGUUGAACUGGAAGCUGGAGAAAGCGUCAAAGUUUUUAGACAGGGCUGAAAAAAAUGCCAACACCUAUAAAAGGAAAAUGUUGAGUAUGCAAACGUUGAUUAAAAGACAAAAGGCAUUGGACGAAAAACAAAGCCACUUCAAAAAGCUAAUGAUCGACAAUGCUAAGCAUGAAUUCUCUGAGUCUGCGUUAAACAUGGCUAUGGAUAUAAAGAAAACUUGUGGAAUGAAAACAUACAUGAAAUUGCUGAGUUACGAUUUUCCUUUGCCAUCUUUGAGGACCUUGCGUAGACGUUUCCAAAAAGAUAAUAUUACGGGGGACGAUUCAGGAGAUGAAGAAACCCCUCAAGAACGUCCUGCACAUAUGAAAGUUGAAAGUAGCCCAGUAGAUUUAGGAAUAUCUCGAACAAAUGAAUCCGGGGAAUCGGAAGUGACAGGUACAGUUCAAGACAUUUUUGAAGAAAAUAACGAUACAGAGGAUUUGAACUCCUGCGAGUUAGGGGAACACAUUUUUGAGCGUCUAGAUAGAGAAAGAAUCCCAUAGAUUUCGUUGAUUAUGAAUUAACUUACCUGCUAAGAGUACAUCUGGUUCUCUACGUGUCAUGACGACAUUCAAAACGUUAGGCUGAAUUAAAAGAUCUACAGAAAUUCUAUUCCUGUAGAGUCAGCAUAAUGUAUAGUGAAGUUCAAAACAAGUGUACAUAUAUUAUUAUGUAUUUUGUACUACGACUGAGUUAUGAAAUUUUAAAUUAUGUUGACGUGGUCAACUUGUUACUUAUCAAGGAAGAAGUAUACAAAGUAGAAAAUAACAAGUAUCUAUUCUUUUUUUUUUUUUUUUUUUUAUUGUACCCAAAGGUGCUCCUUGGUAUUCAGCGAACUAAGAUCAAGAUAUCUUUUAAUUAUUGUAAAGUGUAUAUUUUGAUGCAAUGAGCAUAAGGCAGAUGCUUGAAAUUACAUCUGUAUCGCAUGUUGGUAAUUAAGUCAAGCAUAUUUUAUAACCGAAAAUUUCUAAGGACACUCACAUGAUCCAUCUAUGACCACAGUACACAUAUAGUUUUAAAUUCGUAGUAAGAAUUAUGUUCAAAAUUCUGAUUAAACCUUAUUUAGCUAUUCAAUUUUCGUUUAAUGUGAGAUUAAAUUAUAUCUUAGCUGUUAGUUGUUAAUUUUUUGAGCCAAUGGAACUAUCUGUAGCAUUACGGUUUAAUCAAUAUAAUGUAAUGGUCGUUUCUUAUUUCUGAUCAAGCGACACCCAAAUAAUAAAAAUAACUUGUUAACA